UAGAUAAAGACACGAUACCUCCAGUACACUUCCUGGAGUUCCCAACAAAAUAGGAGAUAGCAGCCGAAUAACGCAGAAUUCAGUCUCUUCAAAUUGAAUAUGUCGAUUUCACCAGAGGCACUUCAUAUCUCCAAUGGCGGUACCAGCGUUGUAUUAGAUCUCCAAGGACCUGGUUUUCCGAGCAUUGUCUAUUGGGGGCCAGAGCUGGUCGACACCACAUAUGCAGUGAUCGAGUCCCUAGUGAGAGCAUCGCAACCUCAAGCUGUCUCUGGAGGACUUUGCCAAACACCGCGUCUGAGCUUACUGCCGCUUGAAUCGCAAGGAUGGCAGGGCACGCCAGGUUUGACCAUGCUGAGGUCCAAGACCGGAUAUUUCUCACCCAAGUUCACAAUUUCAGAUGCGCGAAGCACAGCCUCGUCCAUAUCCAUAAUAGCUGCCGACGUAGAUGCACAUAUUUCCAUAGAAUUCGUGGCAGAAGUCUUGCAGAGUGGUCUUCUCAGCCAACGCCUGAUCAUCAAGAAUAUCGCCAGCGAAGAGAGUCAGGAUGUGCUCCAUAUUCACGACGUUGCAUUAUCAUUUCCGGUCCCGAUGACUGCACGCGAGCUCCUGGAAACAACUGGACGGCAUCUUCGUGAGCGUUAUCCCCAAAGACAUGCUUUCACCAUUGGGAAACACAUACAGGAGUCGCGGCGUGGGCGACCCGGCUUGGGUGGCACGCUUAUCGUUGCAGCUGGAGAACCUGGUUUCGGGUUCGAGAAAGGUCUUGUACAUGCUGUCCAUCUCGCAUGGAGCGGUAAUUACAGGAUCAACGCGGAGAAAGGUUCAAACUAUGGACAAUUCAUUCAGGCAGGGGAGCUGCUGCUGCCGGGCGAGGUUUCACUCAACUCUGGAGAGACCUAUGCGUCCCCAACUGCGCUCGGAUCAUGGGGAUACGGGCUGUCAGAAAUGUCGUAUAAAUACCACGACUUUCUUCGCAGACGGAUGCUGUCCGCUCCGCAGAGCCAUCCUAGUCUCCCGCGCCCCGUAACGAUCAACACCUGGGAGGCAGUGUAUUUUGAUAUGGACAUGGAUCGUCUUAAAGCGAUUGCCGACGUUGCUGCACGCCUAGGUGCGGAGAGAUUCGUUCUCGACGACGGAUGGUUCAAGGGCAGGCGAUCUGACAAUGCAGGACUAGGCGAUUGGAGCGUCGACAGAGAUGUAUUUCCUCGAGGCCUUCAGCCACUGUGGGAUCACAUUGAUGGCCUUGGAAUGCAAUGUGGUAUUUGGGUUGAGUUAGAGAUGAUCAACCUGGACUCAGAUCUCGCGAGGGCUCAUCCCGAAUGGAUUCUCCGACCGACUCGCACUAGAUUACCGCUAGCAGGAAGAGACCAGUACGUGCUUGACCUUUCCAACAAGGAUGCUUUUGACUAUAUCCUGAGGCAAAUCGAUGCACUUCUCAACGACUACCCGAUGAUCAAGUACCUCAAGUGGGAUCAUAACCGUGAUGUUAUUGAGCCUGGCGGACUAAAUGGAGCUCCUGCUAUACGAAAGAAUGUCGAAGCUCUGUACGCUUUGAUUGACACGCUCAAAGCUCGGCACCCAGGACUUGAAAUCGAGAGUUGUGCGUCUGGAGGUGGCCGUGUUGACUUGGGAAUUCUGCAGCACAAUGAUCGGAUCUGGGUUAGUGAUUGUACUGAUCCGAUAGAACGUCUUACAAUUCAGAAGUAUACUUCCUUGGUCGUGCCACCAGAGAUGAUGGGGCAACACGUAGGCGCACCAAAAAGCCACACGACUGGUAGGACACAUGAUCUUUGCUUGCGUGCUGGGGCGGCCUUUUUCGGACACAUGGGUAUCGAAUGGGAUGUGUCUCGGGUAGAUAGCAAGCAGCUCCAUGAUUUGCAUUGGUGGAUUGAGCUGCAUAAGAGGUGGAGACAUGUGAUUCACACUGGCAAAUUGGUCUUCGCCGACUUACCUGGGGAUUCUCCGAGCCAGGACGUCCGCGGCGCAGUGUCAAAGGAUAGGAGACACGCCAUCUACACAAUCACACAGGUUACGACUACUGAGUACUAUCCCCCACCGAUGAUUACGCUCCCUGGGCUCGAUGAGACGACUGUCUACCGUGUUCGGCUUCUAGAUCAGCCUGGGAUGAACAAUUCUGCUUUUGUAGCCCAGUCGAAAUUGGCCUGGGCUCAUUCUCAGACCCCGUGCAUUAUGACAGGGCAGAUGCUUCGCAGUUCAGGCAUACGGAUGCCGGUUGUCUGGCCGGAGAUACUUCUUGUAGUUGAGGUUGAAGCGAUCUGAGGUGGUUUGUGGUGAGUGAGGGCGUAUGUGAGCUCUGGGACUUAGAAAUAGUAUCGAUAUAGAGGAAACACAUUGUCGGCC